AUGUUACUCUGUAUGUCCCCCCCUUCUAAAUCUCACAACCCAAAAGAACUAACAUUCCCCCAGUCUGCCCCAACUGCUCCAACGUCCUCUCCGUCUCCAAAGUCCCCAUGGACUCCCCAAUCGAAGAAGAGCGCGGAAAAAACCGCAUGGAAUGUCGCACCUGUCCCUACCAAUACGUGAUCAUCGAGCAGUCCUUCUUCGAGCGCAAGAACUUUACGUUCGUCGAGAAGGACGAUGUCUUUGGGGGAGCCAAUCAAUUUGACAACGCCGACAAGACGCCUGUGCAGUGUCCCAAGGACGGCUGUAAUGGUGCAGAAGCAGCUUUUUAUUCGAUUCAGAUUAGGAGUGCUGAUGAGCCUAUGACGAAUUUUUAUAGAGUGAGUUGGAUUUGCGGGGUGGGGUUUAGGGAACGGGAGCUGACUUUUGUAGUGUAUGACUUGUGGGAAUCGAUGGAGAGAUUAG